UCUUUUAAAAGGACAUUUCUAGAACUGAAGCUGAGAGUUUGAAUUUCAUGGAUUUUCUCUCUAGACCGAUCAGAAAUUCUAUCCCCCAGUUAAGAGCUAUGUUAGAAACAGGGUGGUGAGGCUUGGGGGGAAGAAGGAAAAAUGAGGGGUGGGGGGUGCCUCUUAUUAAUUACACCUCUACAGCAACAGAUACUCAGCUCUGCUUCCCUUUGUCUCUCCUGAGGUGGAGGAAUCACCCAGAUCCUGAUUCCAAUGCCAGCAUGAUCAGCUGGUCUGUAGUGUCAGGCUAUAGACCUCCAUCAGUGAGCUGGGUGUAUGAAGAUCCUAGGCAGGACUUGACCGAGGAUAGUUGUCUAGAGAAGAAACCUAUUUUUGCCAUCACUUUGGAGUUGCACUUGAUGUUCCUUGAGCAUGUUCCAGGUUAGUUUGUAACUGAAGGCAUUUUGUUCUGUCCAAGGAUUUCAUCCUCCUCCUUCCCUGUGCCCGAACUCUAUCGAUCUCCCAUUCCAUGAAGAUGAUUGGGUGGAAGAAGAAACUCUGCAGGGGGCAUCACCUGUGGGCCCUGGGCUGCUAUAUGCUGCUGGCCGUUGUUGCUCUGAGACUUUCUCUCAGGUUAAAAUGUGACAUAGAUUCCCUGGAUCUGGAAUCCAGGGACUUUCGAAGCCAGCGCUGUAGGGACAUCUUGUACAAGUCCCUGAAGCUGCCAGCAAAGAGAUCCAUCAACUGUUCUGGGGUCACCCGAGGGGACCAGGAAGCAGUGGUCAAGGCUCUCCUGGACAAUCUGGAGGUCAAGAAGAAGCGGGAGCCUUUCACAGACACCGAUUACCACAACAUGACCAGAGAUUGUGAGCAGUUUAAGUCCCAAAGGAAGUUCAUACAGUUCCCACUGAGCAAAGAAGAGUUAGACUUCCCCAUCGCAUACUCUAUGGUGGUCCAUGAGAAGAUUGAAAAUUUUGAACGGCUGCUGCGAGCUGUGUAUGCCCCUCAGAACAUAUACUGCGUCCAUGUGGAUGAGAAGUCCCCAGAAACUUUCAAAGAGGCAGUCAGGGCCAUUAUUUCCUGCUUCCCAAAUGUCUUCAUGGCCAGUAAGUUGGUCCGGGUGGUUUACGCCUCCUGGUCCAGGGUGCAGGCUGACCUGAACUGUAUGGAAGACUUGCUCCAGAGCUCGGUGCCAUGGAAAUACUUACUGAAUACAUGUGGGACAGAUUUUCCUAUAAAGACCAAUGCUGAGAUGGUCCUGGCCCUCAAGAUGUUGAAUGGGAAGAACAGUAUGGAGUCCGAGAUACCUACUGAGUACAAAAAGUCUCGCUGGAGAUACCACUAUGAGGUGACAGACACAUUGCACCUAACCAGCAAGAUGAAGGACCCUCCCCCUGAUAACUUACCUGUGUUCACAGGGAAUGCCUAUUUUGUGGCUUCUCGAGCCUUUGUCCAACAUGUCUUAGAGAACCCCAAAUCCCAACGACUGAUCGAAUGGGCAAAAGACACCUAUAGCCCCGAUGAACACCUCUGGGCCACCCUUCAGCGUGCACCGUGGAUGCCCGGCUCUGUCCCCUACCACCCCAAGUUUCACAUCUCAGACAUGUACACCAUUGCCAGGCUGGUCAAAUGGCAGUUCCAUGAGGGAGACAUCAGUAUGGGGGCAUCUUAUGCACCUUGCUCUGGAAUCCACCAGCGGGCUGUCUGCAUUUAUGGGGCUGGGGACCUGCACUGGAUUCUUCAGAAUCAUCACCUCUUGGCGAACAAGUUCGACCCAAAGGUGGAUGAUAAUGUUCUGCAGUGCUUAGAAGAGUAUUUACGUUAUAAGGCCAUCUAUGGGACUGAACUCUGAGAUACACCGUGAGAGGAUUGCUACCCAAGGGGCAGGAACAUGUACAAACGUGCCCAGAACAUGCUGGGACAGUGUGGGGUGGGAGACCAGGCCUCUGGAAUCCGUGGCAUCUCCCUGGGUCAGGGGGCUGCUCUUGGAAUGUGAUGAGUAGAUUUGUUGCCUUGCAAAUUGCUGCCCUGGGUGAACACUGUUGUGUCACUCACCUCACUUCCAAUAGCUUCUCCACUGACUUUCCCACCGAGUUGGGAAUAAGAGCCAGCUCUUUGGAUGAAUAAGGGAGGGAAGUGUGGCAGGAGACCCUGGAUUUUAGUUCAAUUUUUGGUAUUGGCUUUUUCACUCUUUGGAGAUGCCAUUCCUAAUAAUUCUAGGCUUGGUAGUAGGGAGGGGACUUUGAGGGACAAAAGGCCUUGUAUUUUGUACUAUUAACUUAAAAAUAAAUAGCUUCUGAUU